GCAGGUCAAUCUGCCCACGAUGAGGCAGUGGUAAGUAUGAUUUGUGAGCGAGCGACAAGGGAGAUGGCCGCUCGGGGUGUAGUGAUUCCGGAUUCAGAGAUGAAGGCGGCGACUAAGAUCUUUCCCAAGAUCAGCGGCUUAGCUGUCAAGGUCCGAGAUUCAGCAGUUGUAAGGUACAAGUGGCGGAGAGUCGCUGAGGCUAAUCCUCCGAAUCCGAAGUAUGGAGGCGACUUGAAAUACCUUGCGACACGUAACAAGACCCGCUGGGACUCAGAAUUUGCCACGCUCAACUCACAUCGGGCCUUCUUGAAUGCUGUAGAUAUCAUCGUCGCCGACAAGGACCUGAAGUUGCAGACUUUCAAGCUUACAGCUGUGCAGAAGUUGCUUGCGAGUGACCUACAUGACAUGCUAGCGUCCCAUGUGACCCUCAUUAUCGACGUACUUCCCGUGUUCCUCGACCUCGAGCUUCGCCUUCAGUCCAUGUCUAACGAUGCGAGGCUUCUGCCCAUCUGCAGAGUCGCGGCCCAUGCAGGGCUUCUUCAAUGCCAAAAGUAUUUCAUCCUGUUUCAAGAAUGCGAGGCCGUCGCAACUCGUCCAGUAUGUUGCCCAGACAGGAAACUUGCGUGGUUUCGUGAUCGUGGCUGGUCAGAUGACCAAGUCGACAAGCUUUGUGAAGGAGUGAUCGCUCGGUUCAACAAGGACUAC